GAACUUUUUUUGUAGCGCAAAGUAGGCAUAGGGAUCAAAUUCACAGCUAUAUUUUGUAUUAAACUUUUAAAAACUCACAGUCUUGAUCCGAUUUUAACAGUGUUAACACGCCCGGAAAUUUCGUGUUCCAAAUUUUUUGAUUUCAAAUAAAGUAUAAAAAUUGUUGUUAAAAAUUAUUAAAGGAAAUCAUAAAUUAGCACACCAUAAUUCAGUAAAACAUAUUCAAAUACAAAUACAUAUAAAGGAGCUGUUGAGUGAAGAAUACAUCGAAAAACGUUCCAGGAUGAGCAAGUCGGAGGCAAGCGCACGCCAGGGCCACUACAAGGCCAACACACUGAAUACGCAGGAUUCGCGCAUGCGUCGCCAUGAGGUGACCAUAGAGCUGCGCAAAUCGAAGAAGGAGGAUCAGAUGUUCAAGCGUCGCAACAUCAACGAUGACGAUCUAACAUCACCGCUCAAGGAACUAAAUGGGCAGUCACCGGUGCAGCUGUCCGUCGAUGAGAUUGUGGCCGCCAUGAACAGCGAGGAUGCGGAGCGUCAGUUUGUCGGCAUGCAGCAGGCACGCAAAAUGCUUAGUCGCGAACGUAAUCCACCCAUUGAUCUGAUGAUUGGCCAUGGCAUUGUGCCCAUAUGCAUACGCUUCCUUCAAAAUACCAGCAACGAUAUGCUGCAGUUCGAGGCCGCGUGGGCUUUGACCAACAUUGCCUCGGGCACAUCAGAACAGACGCGCUGCGUCAUCGAUGAAAAUGCAGUGCCACAUUUUAUAGCCCUUCUGCAGUCCAAGCACAUCAAUUUGGCCGAACAGGCCGUUUGGGCGUUGGGCAACAUUGCCGGCGAUGGGGCCGCGGCACGAGACAUUGUUAUCCAGAACAAUGUCAUUGAUGGCAUUUUGCGUCUGAUUAACAAUGAUACGCCUUUGUCGUUUCUGCGCAACAUUGUGUGGCUAAUGUCGAACUUGUGCCGCAACAAGAAUCCAUCGCCACCAUUUGAGCAGGUGAAGCGUCUGCUGCCUGUGCUAUCCCAGUUACUGCUCACCCAGGACAUACAGGUGCUGGCGGAUGCGUGCUGGGCGUUGUCCUACGUGACGGACGAUGACAAUCACAAAAUCCAGGCUGUUGUAGAGACGGACGCAGUGCCACGCCUCGUAAACCUACUGCAAACCGAUGAGCCGAGCAUUAUUGUGCCGGCAUUGCGCAGUGUUGGCAAUAUUGUUACUGGCACGGAUCAACAGACCGAUGUGGUUAUUGCCGCUGGUGGCUUGCCAAAGCUUGGCAUUUUGCUGCAUCACCCCAAGGGCAACAUUGUGAAGGAGGCUGCAUGGACUGUGAGCAACAUUACGGCUGGCAAUCAGACACAGAUUCAGGCCGUCAUAGAUGCUGGUCUAUUUCAGCCGAUACGCCAUGUGCUUGAGAAGGGCGAUUUCAAGGCACAAAAGGAGGCUGCAUGGGCGGUGACCAAUGCAACCACCUCGGGCAGUUCCGAGCAGAUUGUCGAUCUUAUUGAAAAGCAUAAGAUAUUAAAGCCGUUCAUCGAUUUGCUGGAUGCGAAGGAUCCGCGCACCAUCAAAGUGGUGCAAACGGGUCUAUGCAAUCUAUUCACACUUGCCGAGAAGCUCGGUGGCACUGAGAACUUAUGUCUGAUGGUCGAGGAGCUGGGUGGCCUCGAUAAGCUGGAGGCGCUACAACAGCAUGAAAACGAGGAGGUCUACAAGAAGGCAUUUACCAUAAUAGAUACCUACUUCAGCACUGCCGACGACGAGGCUGAGCAGCAGCUAGCGCCGCAGGAGGUUAAUGGCGCACUCGAGUUUAAUGCCGCACAGCCCAAGGCUCCCGAAGGCGGUUUUAACUUCUAGAAGAAAAAACUCGACCAAAACAACCCAUACACAUACACACACACAGAAGUCCCACGCACAUACAAACACACACACAUACGCACACUUAUAUAUUGUUUUCUGUUACUUAUGCGACCGCGCCUACACGAUCCAACACACCAAGUUUUUAACUCACUUUCACCUAAUUAGUGUGUUGCCAAUGCCAUCCCCUAUGAGUGUAUUUAACAUUUGUUACGCCGCACAUUUCCACAUUGUCCCGCAGCAAUAUGGCCAUGAAAACGCAUCCUAGGUUCGUUCCCCAUACUGCAAACUCCCACAUUUAAGAAAAAAAAAAAAAACGCCAGCAGCACUUGUCCAGCUGUGCUGGUUUAAAACACUGAAAUUCAAGUUCAAAGGACGCAGCCUGUUUGCGUUCGCAUGGCCAUUUGUACUGAGUGUGCUAAUUGCGAGUAGAGUACACCCCUCCCCCUAUAUUUUUCGGAUAAUUUUUAUUUAGGCUGCUAUAGUAUGUUUUCAAUGUAUAUGUAUUUAAUAUUUUUUUAGCAAAUCGCUUGCCACCCUAAAUCGCACACAAAACCUAUAAUCACAUUAAAUCACGGCACUCAACACUGUGUCCUCGUCCUUUUACACAUACAUUGUAAUAAAGUACAUCAAUAAUAAUCCAUUUGAAGCUUUUAACAUAAAAUUCGGAGUCUAACUUUAAAUCUAAGAAAAUAAAAAAUUGUAUAUGCUUCAACUGAA